AUGUCUUUACUUGAAGGCGGUGAUAGACGUCGUUAUAAUCUACCUUCACAUGAUGAAGUUGGAGUUGUAUUUGUUGGCGAAGAUGGUGCUCCCCCAACUUCCAGGGAAGUUGUUAUUUACCCAAGAGGUCAUCCUUUAAAAAUUGUAUCAAUUCUUUUUAUAACUUUUACUUGCAACCCAAAAUACCGUGAAAUAACAGAAAAUUUAUAUCCGGGUCAGAAUGCGAAUGAUAGACCUGAUUUGGUUACUCGAGUAUUUAAACUCAAGUUAAAUAACCUCCUCAAUGAUAUAUUCAAACAUGGUGUAUUAGGCAAAGUUGUAACGCAUGUUCAGGUUAUUGAGUUUCAAAAGCGUGGUUUGCCGCAUGCCCACAUUUUACUUCAUUUAGCAAAUGAUGAUAAACUUGAAACAUCACAGGAUAUCGAUAAUUUGAUUUGUGCAGAAAUUCCAGAUCCGAUAGUUAAUUGUGAACUUUAUGAUAUUAUCAAAACUUGCAUGAUUCAUGGCCCAUGUGGGAUACUGAAUCCAAAUUCUCCCUGCAUGAAAGACGGGGUGUGCAGCAAAAAAUAUUCUAAAGAUUUUAAUGCCAACACAGUAGCUGUUCACAAUGGUUAUCCGCGCUAUAGGCGUCGUGAUAAAGGGUUGGUUAUCAAUAUUAAAGGCAACAAUGUAGAUAACCGUUGGGUGGUUAAUCACGAUGAAAUAAACACUUUCUUAGAUUGUCGUUAUGUUAGUGCACCUGAGGCGCUGUGGCGAAUAUUUGAGUAUCCCAUAAGUCAUAUGUCACACUCUAUUAUCCGUCUUAAGGUUCAUCUUCCUGAGAAUCAGAUUGUGUAUUUUAGAGAAGGAGAAGAACAAGUGGCGUUAGAUCGUGCUGGUCAACAUGAUACACACCUUACGGCCUGGUUUAAAUUGAAUUCUGAAAAUGAAGGAGCCAAUCGCUAUUCAUAUGUUGACAUUCCAUAUCACUUUGUAUUUGAUGAUAAACAUUGUAAAUGGAAGGUUAGACAAAGAAGUGGAAAUAAGGUGAUAGUAAGAAUGUAUAAAGUUAGUCCAACAGGAGAAUUAUUUUUUCUUAGAUUGUUACUUUUACAAGCAAAAGGAGCAAAAUCUUGGGAGGAUUUGCGUACUGUUAAUGGAAUAGUUCUUGAAACCUUUCGUGAAGCGUGUGUUUUUAAUGGUUUGUUGCAAGAUGACACUGAAUGGCAGAAUACUCUUUCUGAGGCAGUUUUAACGCGAAUGCCUAAGCAAAUCAGGCAGCUGUUUUCAAUUAUUUUAACCUUUUGUGAGCCUGAUGACCCUUUGCAUCUUUGGAAUUCAUACAAAGCCUUUAUGAUGGAGGAUUUCAUUCAUCGCCAAGUUCCAUUUAUAUUAGCUGAACAAGCUACUCUUCUUCAAUGA